UUUUGGUUUGAGUGGCUUGCGACUGUGGUUAUGCUUCUCUAUGCUUUUCACAGAGUAUGACUUGGAUUUAACCAAUACUUUUUCGAUCAGCAGUUGUAUGAGGAUAAACUGUAGGCUACUUAAACGCAUCUGCUACAUUACGGGUAGUAAAGAGCAUUCCUAACAGUUAAAGCGUCCGAAGAAACACACGAGAUCCACCGUCGUUCACUUCGUUAUGAAACUCCAACGUCGACUGCGUUUUAUUUCUUAAAAUCCAACACGCCUACAGAAGUGUUAUCUAACAUCAAAGGACGUCAUUGUAGUGGUACGAUCACACGAAACUUUAGCUGCGCGUUGCACUACGUUCAGAAUCGUCAUUGAAGACAUGUGGAUUCCAAUGUUGGGACUGACAGCCCUACCACAUGUUGGUGGAUUUUAUGGAGGCUACAUCACAAGAAGACAGGUGAAGAGCUGGUAUACUACACUUAACAAGCCAUCAUGGAGGCCACCAAAUGCUGCUUUUCCAGUGGUAUGGACAGCUCUCUACACUGGCAUGGGGUAUGGGUCAUACUUGGUGUGGAAAGAACUGGGAGGCUUCACAAAAGAUUCUGUGGUCCCACUGGGUCUCUAUGGCUUGCAGUUGGCACUGAACUGGGCCUGGACCCCCAUCUUUUUUGGGGCACACAAGAUCAAGCUGGCACUCAUAGAGGUUGUCAUGCUCACUGGUACAGUGGCAGCCACUAUGGUGUCUUGGUACCCAGUGAGCCGCACCGCUACCCUCUUCAUGGUUCCAUAUCUGGGCUGGCUUUGCUUGGCUACCACCCUCAACUACUGCAUCUGGAGGGACAACCCUGAGACCAAAAAAGACUAGAGGACAAUCUGCACACUCCCACACACAUGCACACAGUCAGCACAUAACUCACAUGGCCUUUACAAGGAAUCUACCUUUAACCUUGUGUACCUGUAAUUUGUCAUGUUUUUCAUACAGCAUUAGAUUGUCUACUAAUAAAUAUUUAAGUAAAAAGUAGCAAUUUUGUCCUCAGAUUUCACAAGCAUUAUUGCUCAUUAUAUCAACACAAUAUUUUAUGUGGGUAUUUACAAUAAAAAGAAAAAAAAAAGGCAGAUUUCUUCUA